CCUGGCAAAAAGUGACCAGGCAUCCUAAUGUGUUUUCUGUCUGGUUAUUAUUUUUCAUUAAAACUGGAUUGACUAAGGGAAAUUUAAAGCCAACCCAUAUCAACAUUUAUUUGAAAUCCUGACGAGUCUACAGGAAACAAUGAAAACGUUUUGUACUUUUCUUCAUUUUGGUAUGUGUGCAUGUAUCUGUUGUAAACUUCAACUUCUGGAAAAGUUUGAUAUACUUGUACAUGAAUUCGAAUUUUUCCUUUGGGAGAUUAGAUAAUGCAUGGCAUGAAAAAAAGCCAAACGAAAUGCUUGGAAACAGAUUUUUCUAAAUGAAAAGCGAAUAAUUUUGUCCUUUUCUGAAAGUCGUGAUUUCCUUGUUUCUACAUGUACUGAUGCCCAAAUGUAACACUUAGGAUGCUCUAAUUUUGUCGAAAGAGGGCGCUUCUUCCAACUGCCUUUAUUAUUAUUUAUUAUCAGGCAGAUACUCGGUACGCUAGACUCCGGGUACCAUACACCAAUAAAUAACUUGGUUUGGGGCAUGUGGUGAAAGUGUGCUGGAGUGAGUGGGCGUGAAUAUCCAAAGUUUCUCGCCAGAAUGGUUGUAAAAGAGACAGUAAAGGGGCUGACUGAGUGCCUAGAAACAAUUGACAAGUACAAAGGAAACGACUCUCUGUUUGUGUUGUUUUGUGGGGACAAAGAUGCUUCAGGAAACAGUUGGUGUCCAGAUUGUGUGGACGCUGAACCUUUCGUGACAUCGGGCCUUGCCUCAGCUCCAGAUGAUGGAGUAUUUAUCUACUGCUCUGUUGGAGACCGAGCUUUCUGGAAGGACCAACAGAACGGAUUCCGGACUCAUGACAAAUUGAAACUGUCUGCCGUGCCAACUCUGCUGAAAUAUGGAACGUCCAAACGGCUGGUUGAAGAAGACUGUAAGAAGUCAGACCUGGUGAAGAUGUUGUUUGAGGAUGAAGAUUGAUUAGACGGCCCUGUAUUUGAAUACACCAAGAAGGAGUCAUUGCAUGUAUCACGCUGUACAGAACUUUCGCAUGCUCAUUAUGCAGUUCAGAUACAUUCGUCAUUGCCAAGCAUAUAAUGAUGACAUAUUGAUUCAGCAUCAUGGAUGUCUUUAAAUAAUUAAAGCAGAAAGAAUAUUAUCUACUCUACAGGUCACUACCAUACAAAACAAAUUCUCUUCAGAGACACAAGUGUUUAAAGACAACAGAAAUGAUAGAAAAAGGACAAAAUUGCUCUUAAAACUACUACUUCUUUCAGCGACCAAAGCAAGUCCCAUCAGAAGCCUAGACACAAUUAUUAUUUGAUUUUAUCUUAGGAUUCUUAUAUCAGCAUUCAUGUCAAGGUACAGAUGUCUUUUCAAGAUCCUGUCUUCCAUAUUAUUUCUAUUUUAAACCUGAAACAUUAAAGCAACCAAGCACAAAGUUAAAUCAGUUUUCCUUGUGCUGGGUUUGAUACCUGGAGAUCUGAAACUCUCAACCCCCUAUAGGGCAGGUACCUGACUAAUUUGUUUGAAUUUGCAACCCAGAACCUUACUAGAAUUUGACUGAACUGUUCUGAAGGGGGGAACAAUUUUUUGUUCAUCAGUCACAAGGAAAAACAAGAUAAUAAAAGUGAGAGAAGUAAACAGAGAAAUUUGUGUCCAAAAAUUGCUUUGCUUCAAGUCUGGUUGCUCCUGAUUUCCCGCGGUAACUCAAGGGGGGGGUUACUCUGUUUGGAAUCAUAUCGAGAAAAAGCUUUACUU